GCAGCUGCAGAAGUCUCUUAUCAAUCACCUGGAAAGCACUUUGAACUACACUAACCUGUAUGAAAGGAUGGCCUCAUUUGGGUGGAAGAGGAAAGUUGGCGAGAAGGUGUCAAAGUCAGUGGUGCAGCAGUUCGAGGCUGAGGCAGAUAAGGCUCCACAUGACAGGGGAAAACAGGACGAGGAGGUAGACUGGAUGCACGCCAUCAAACGACGGCGAGAGGUCCUGCUGGAGGAUUGUGCAGCUAAGAGCAAGAGACUGAAGGAUGAAGGUGCAGUGUUGGCUGAGCAAGGCAGGCACUGGGAGGCCAUCAAGAAGUGGGACGAGGCCAUUCACCUGACACCAGAAAACUCGUCACUGUAUGAGAUGAAGUCUCAGGUGUUGACCAUCCUGCAGGAAGUCUUCCCAGCUGUGAAGGCGGCAGAGAUGGCAGUGAAGUUCCGCCCUCUUUGGUGGGAGGGCUGGCAGACUCUGGGCCGCGCCCAGCUCAACCUGGGAGAGGUGGAUCUGGCUGUGAGGUCCUUCCAGGUUGCAAUACACUUGUGCCCAUCAGAGCGCACCCUGUGGCAGGAAGACCUGUUGUGGGCAUCGAGGUUACAGAAGCAGCACACAGCAAACAAGGAGAAGAUUCACCAGGAGGAGGAGACCAAAAAACAGAUCCUUAAUGCCCCGGAGCUCGAGCAGGACUAUGACUUCGAAUCUGACGAGGUGCUGGCCGCCUGCGUUGCGGUCGCAGAGCGGGAGACACGCUACGAGGAGCUGAAGAGGACAGCUGUGGUUAUGGACGCUGAGGGAAAUAUAAAAAAUGUACUCACUGGGGAAGAGGGAUCCGAAGACACAGUGACACCAUCAAAGGAGCAGUUUGUCAAAGCAAGAGGACUUUGAACUCUGCUCAGCCGAAUUUAUUGUCCUGGUUACAUUUUUUAGUGCUGAAUGGUGAGAAUCAGAUCAGAAGCCAGCACGAUUAGAACUGACAAAUUCUUGUAAAGUGCAACAGAUUGAAAUAACAUUUUAGUUGUACUCGUGUUCUACGUUUUCCAUCCGUAUAAUGUUCAUUUACAAGAACAUGCAAAUUGUUAUGCAUGCUUUAAAGGAAUAGUUCGCAUUUUUUUGAAGUGAGGUUGUAUAAGGUACUUACACCAUAAUAUUAUGCUUGCUGCUAAUCGGCUGCUUGGGUCAGAGAGUGCUGCUGUGGCUUAAUACAGUGCAUGGUAUGCAUCAUGGAAAUAUGGACGUUUUCUGGUGUAGUUGAUGUUGAAGUUGUAGUUGCCAAGGAAAGGGCAGUCUGAUGGCAAGGUGAAAAUAUUCUAAAUAUUGCUUACACUCAAACUGAUUUUGUUUUUCUUAAGUGAGCCUUUAGUUCCAUCCAAAGCAAUAAAUUGCUUAGUUUCCAUGCCAGUACUCUUGUCUGCUUCUCUAAACUCGGAGCGUGCCGACCCAAAUCUACUGCAGGUAAUUCACUGACUAUGGAUAACUACUUCAUACAACCCCACUUGGCAAUAAAAAAACAAACUAUCCCUUUAACUUAACAUGCUCAAAGAUUAAAGAUAUUUCAAACUCAUUUCUGGCUCAUUAAGUCACAUUAAACUUUAGACUCAUGUUUCAGUCAGUAAACAUCUACCCUCCACUGAAAAAGAGAUUUAUGUUCACAUUUAGGAAAGUAACAUCAGGAUACUAAUGUGAAGCAAUAAACUUUAACAUCCUCUAGUUUUAGUUAUGUUUCAUGUGGACAAGACACAAUAACACUUUAAUAACUAGUGUACUCUGCGGUUACAUUACAAUCUGCUUUCCGACAUUCUUCCCACUGCUUGAUAGACUCCGAUGGUUCAGAUGGAAAUAAAAACAUUUUAAACUGCGGUUGGUCGAAACUGGCAGAUUUUAUUUUUGGCUGAUUUUCAAUUGGAGUCACUUGUAAAGUUUGAACACAGUUUACCCAAUAAAACUUCAAAUAAAGAAAACAAAGAAAAAAGGGAAAUAGCAAAUAUGUGGAACAUGAUUAAAGUAUUGGAAAGCAACCCACGCUGAUGUAAAACAGUAGUUCUCUGCGUUAGCCAGAAAAUCCUGGGAAAAUCAAGGCACUUAUUGAAACCUGAUGGUACGACCUGUGAGGUGCACGUAACUGCGACAGUUUGUAGCUGGAAAAAAGUGAAAAUCAUUAGUCAAUAAGGGAAUAUACGUGAAUCAGAAUGUGUCACAGCUCUCAGUUUUUCCUGCACUUUUCUUUUUUGGGCGGCCAGUGGGGAUGAAUUGUAGUUAUAAGAAUGAACCUCACAAUGUACAUAGCACCUAGAGCAAAGUAACAAACUGCUUCAUAAUAAAAAUAUUUAAAUGAAAACUUAUUGUAAGAUUCCUUUUGUCAAAUUUGUAAAGUUAGAAGACUAAAUGCAGCACUUUAAGCCAAAACACACACAUUCAUAAUAAAGUAGAUACAUAUGCUGCAGAUUAUAGCCAAUUUAGACAGAUGACAUUUGUUGAGUCUUUAGAAGAAUAAUCUAUUUAAAACGAUGACUUGAACGAAUCUACAGCAUAAAUAUUAACACAAAGAACAAUACCGGCGCAAAAAUAGCUAAAUUAAAUAAAUCCAGCUACUGCACACUGAAAACCUAAUUUUCUGAACUUAUCAAAGAGGAGGGGGAGGGGAUCACCUUUUUUACGAUGUUCUUUAGAGACAAACCACAGUAUUUAAUUGCAGUAACAAAGAACAUGAAGGGUACAAAAGACAGUAAACCACAAUCUGUAGAUUUCUCUGUGUUUGCUUUCCAACAGCUUUAGUUAUUUCAGAGUCAUUAUUUCUCAUAAAAUUCCUCAGUGAUACCUCAUAAUAACCACAUCAGUAUCAAAUCACAAAGGAAAAAAUGCUUCAACGGUAUUGUAAAAUCUUGAUUAAGUUUAAUUUGGAGUGUGGGAAACAUUAUUUUUUGUUUGAUAACAAAGGUCUACAUUUUUUGGAUGUUGAUAAAGAAUUAAUAUUAAAAUAAUAAUUAAAUAUUUCCUGCCUUUUUAGAAAAAUAAGUUGUAUAAAUGUCAUAGGUAAUGCUGGAUUUGACGAUGCAGUAUUUAUCUUCUUAAGUAGAUUAAAUGUUGUCUGUCAAUCUUCUUUAAUGUGUGUAAUUUAUGUACUUGUA